ACUAGAUGGCCAUAAAGGUCUCAUCUGGCCUGAAAAUCUAAUCUAACCACCCGUCUCUGUCUCCUUUAUCUGUGUAAUCUAUUGAUUUGGGUUUGGGUUUUUGCCCUUAUAUCUAAGCACUUCUGAUGUCUGUGCUGUCCUUCUAAUGCUAGUCCAAUUCGUGUUUCCCUUAGCGGAGGAGAUUGCGAUCAGCUGGCCCCGGAUAACCGCUUUUGCCGAGUCCCACAGGAGGAGAGGAUUGGUAUCCGGUAUAGAGAUGGAGUCAGAGCAGGGCCAGCUGGAGCCAGCCCAGGUGCAGAACUCAGCCACGGCUGGGCCCAGCGAAGGAGGGAUGACCCCUGACUUGCGUCGGCAGCUGGGUCUCAUCCUGCAGACCGCCGGCCGGAGCCAGGUGGAGAAGAUGCUGCGGGAGCUGGUGAGGGAGCAGAGCCAGGAGGGCAAACGCAAGGCUCGCAAGAAAGCCACAAGGAGUGCCAAGGAUGGAGCAGGUGACGGGGCGCCAAGUGACAAUGAGGAGGCGACCCCCCCCCCAGGAAGGUUCUGAGAAGGUGGAGUCACCCGAGGCCUUGCCAGGAAAAACCGAGGGCCCCGAUCAGGGUAAAGCCAGCGGGAGCCAGUGCCGGUCGGAAGGGCAGCCACCGCAGCAGAAGAGCCCCACGCCGGGGAAGCAAGAGGGCAAAGCCACUCGCCGCACCAGCGUCAAGAAGGGGAAAGAGCCCCCACUGUCGCAGCAGCAGCGGGGGGCAGGCGUCUGCACCGAGUGUGGGAAGGACUACGGCUGCGGGCGGGCAGCGCAGCGGGUGCAGACACCGGAGAAGCCGCACCAGUGCGGGGAGUGUGGGCGCUGCUUCCGCCAGCGCUCCAUCCUGGCCAAGCACCAGAAGAUCCACACGGGGGAGAAGCCCUACCGCUGUGACGACUGUGGCAAGUGCUUUAGCCGCGGCUCCAACCUGACACAGCACCAGCGCAUCCACACUGGCGAGCGCCCCUUCCAUUGCGGCGACUGCGGCAAGAGCUUCAUCCAGAAGUCGGACCUGGAGCGGCACCAGCGUGUCCACACCGGCGAGCGCCCCUAUCAGUGCGGCCAGUGUGGCAAGUGCUUCAGUGUCAGUUCCCACCUGGACCGGCACCGGCGCACCCACCUGGGGGAACAGCGCCGCCACCAUGCCUGCGGAGGAAGCAAGGGCUGCGGCGGCGGCCCGGCAGCCCGUCACCGGGCCUGCCAGGCUGAGGAGGAGGACGAGGAGGAGGCGGUGGCUGCCCACCAGUGUCCCGAGUGUGGGAAGUGCUUUGCCCAGCGGGCCUCACUCUCCAAGCACCGCAAGACCCACAGCGGCGAGCGGCCCUACCAGUGCGGUGACUGCGGCAAGCGCUUCAGCCGCAGCUCCAACCUGACCCAGCACCAGCGUAUCCACACCGGCGAGCGCCCCUUCCAGUGUGGCGACUGCGGCAAGCGCUUCAUCCAGCGCUCCGACCUGGAGCGGCACCAGCGCGUCCACACCGGCGAGCGGCCUUACACCUGCCCCGACUGCGGCAAGAGUUUCAGCGUCAGUUCCCACCUGGACCGGCACCAGAAGAUCCAUGCUGCUGAGCAGGCCUCCUACCGCUGCCCCGAGCACCUCAAGGGCUUCCUGGCCGCCCACCAGCACGGCAAACUCUUCAAGUGCUCUGACUGUGGACGCUGCUUCAGCCAGAGCGCGGCGCUGAUCAAGCACCAGCGGGUGCACGCCAGCGAGAGGCCCCACCAGUGCACGGACUGCGGGAAGAGCUAUGUGGCCUGCGGCGCUGGCCCCAAGGCCCAGGCGGCGGCUGGAGGGAAGCCCCACAAAUGCACCGACUGCGGAAAGAGUCUGGGCGGCAUCUCGCCCCCUGUGCUGCACCCCAGGCUGCGCGCCCAGCAGUGCAUGGACUGCGGGAAGAGCCUGGCAGCAGGGAAGCCCCCGCCACCACCGGCGGAGAAGCCAUUCAAGUGCACGGACUGUGGGAAGGGCUUCGGGCAGCGCUCGGCCCUGGUGAAACACCAGCGGAUCCACACGGGUGAGAAGCCCUACGCCUGCCCUGACUGUGGCAAGGGCUUCAUCCAGAAGUCGGACCUGACCAUCCACCGGCGCAUGCACACCGGGGAGAAGCCCUACCGCUGCCCCGAGUGCGGGAAGUGCUUCAGCGUCAGCUCCAACCUCAUCACCCACCAGCGCACUCACCUGGGCGAGAAGCCCUACCAGUGCUCCGAGUGUGGCAAGAGCUUCAUCCAGCGCUCAGAGCUCACCAUCCACCAGCGCGUGCACACCGGCGAGAAGCCCUACAAGUGCCCCGAGUGCGGGAAGUGUUUCAGCCGUAGCUCCCACCUCAACCGGCACCAGCGCACCCACGCCGGCGACAAGCCCUCGCUGCUCUCCGCCACCAAGAACUCCGUCGCUGCCACCAGCAACCCCCUGCAGGCCUCCUCUGCCUUCUCCUCUGCCUCCUUCUCCUCCCCGCUGGGCACCUCCUCUGCCCCCCUCCCCACCCUACCCUCUUUCCCUUCCUCACCCUCACCCAUCUCCAUCCCCGCCCUCUCCAAUAACCCACUGGAUCUGCCCUGGGCCCUGUCCUUCCCAUCCCGUGCCUUCCCCCACCCUUCCUUCCCCUCGCCUGCUCCGUCCGGGGCCCCGGCCUCAUCACUGAUAAACUAACCGCCCCCCGCAGCCUCUCUGUUCCCCCUCGCUCCCCUAAUUCUUCCCUGCCUCCCUCCUUACUCCCCAUGAAUCUUGCCUCUCCCCCUCCAAUCUCCCACUGGGCACCACAUAAUCUCAACUCUCUCCCCCCGGUACCCCAUGAAUCUCACCUUUCUCUCCAACACCCCCACUGUCUCCCCAACCCUCCCCUCCCCCCCCAAUCCCCACCAGCACUGCCAAAUCUCUUGCAGUUUCAUGGUGAGUCUCGUGAUAUUUGGCAUUUUCCCUAAAGUCUCAGUUCCUGGAGCCAGGGGAUUUUCAUGAGAAUCUCAGCUUCGAAAAUUUCUCGUCCUGGUUGCAGAGAGAGGCAGGAAAACAUGAUCCCUGGUGGCUCAGACACCAGAAGGCAAAUAAUCCCAACGCUGAAUUUAGUAUUUGUAAGCCAAAUUCCUGAUUGGGGGCCUGCGAAGGCAUGGGGCUGGUGAUACUGCUAUGGCUAUGAAGCUGGUCUUGUCUUUCUCCUUUCCCCAGUCCUUCUCUUCCUUCGGCAUUCACGCCAUCCACCUCCUCUCUCCUUACCAUCCUUUUUGGCCUUUCCCCCGGACACUCCUGGUUCCUCCACCUCUCCCUUUCGUGUCCCCAGUGCCUGUACCAGUGGCCCCUCUGAUUCUGCCGCACAACAUCCUCAUUCAGCUCUGCAGCACUGGACCAGAUCCCCUUCCUGGCUCGUCACCAGCUUUUGCCCAUCUCUGGGCAAGGCGGUUGCUGAGCCCUCUCCAUCUCUGAUCCUCUCUGUCUUCACUCUGUGUGAUCCCCACAGGGAUCACUGUGCUGUUGUAAAAGAAAUCUUAGGAGGCCCAGACCUGAAGGGAAAGGCAGAUAGGCCGAGACUGGAAGCAUCCUGUGCUGAGAGCAGCAGCAAAGUCCCAUGCUCCUCCGGUGAGUGGAAUGAACAAUUCAAUCCCUACCCUGCAGAGUUCAAGUGUCCAGAGACACAACAGCCUAGCAAGCCAAGCCGCUGACUGCGUGGGCUACUGGAGGGCUGGCAUCUCCAUACCUGUAGCCAAGCAUAGGUUGGCGGGGGAAGGUUAGAGUUAGGGCUGGUCAACAAUUGUCACAUUCUGAUGAAAAAUUAUGUUGACCUCUUGAAUUUUGAUGGAAAAGAGAAGAAAUUAAUUUUCCAACAUUGUGAAUCCCCCCCCUUUAUUUCCCCCCCCCCUUCUUUUUGAACAUCUCUAGAGCAUGGCCAACAUCGUCUGGACUUUCAAAACUUCUGUGCAAAUUUUAGAAUUUUGAAAGUUUGAAAACUGGACCUGACAUUUUUAUUUUUAUUUUUUUGCUUCCCCUCCCCUUCCACCCUGUUUUUCAGCUGCCUCUAGUUAGGAUCAUCACUGAAAAGCUAGGUAACAGUUAUCACUCAAACUAAUUUCAUUUGGCUCGUCCCGUAUUUCUGCUUCCAUCUUGGAUCAAUUACUAUCUCUGACUGCUCUUGCGACUCUGUUUUCCAAGUCUGUUUCGAUUUUCCUUUUUAAAAUUUUUGUAACCUUGUAAAUAGACCGGUGAUAGUUUUAGACUCUGUAAAUAUUUUUUUAAAAUCUAUUUUCCUGUUA